AGCUCCAUCGCUCCAGUCCCGGGGACUUUAUUUCCCUGUGCCAUGAGCUUAUGGUGGGCUCCAAGGGCUCCUGGGGACUUUAUUUCCCUGUGCCGUGAGCUCAUGGUGGGCUCCAGGAGCACCUGGAAGCACUCUUGGGGCACCUGGAUUGGUUGGGGCACAAGGUCCAUGUGUGUAGGGGCAGGAAUGAUCCCGAUUGUGCUUGUUGGAGGAACUGGAGCCAGAAAUCAUAGUGGAUUUAGUUGCUUUGUCCUUUUACAGGGGGAGAGGAUGCUGGAGGGGAGCUCCUACCUCUUAGAAGAGUCUGCAUCCCGCAGGGCAGAUCCAAAAAUAUUCCCAGCAGGCAGUGAAGGUCCUGCUCCCAGUUCUGGAGUUUAUCAGGGAGGGCAGGGAUAGGAUGAGGAGAACGGUUUUCAGCUGAAAGAGGGGAGGUUGAGAUGAGAUCUUAGGGAGAAAUGUUUCCCUGUGAGGGUGGGGAGGCCCUGGCCCAGGUUGCCCAGAGCGGUGUGGCUGCCCCAUCUCUGGAGGGGUUCCAGGCCAGGUUGGAUGGGGCUUGGAGCCCCUGAUCCAGUGGGAGGUGUCCCUGCCCAUGGCGGAGAUGGGGCUGGAUGGGCUUUGAGGUCCCUUCUCACCCAAACCAUUCCAUGAUUCUGUGAUUCUGACACGUGGAUAGCAAAGCUGGGCUUUUCGGUACCAGCUUGGUUCACACCCUCGGGAUGUGAAACUGUUGCUGCUGGACUCGGGCGUGAAUCGUACGAGUGAGAAACUCACAGAGGGAUCACAGUGCGACCGCGCCAACGCAGGGCUUCUCCCUGGUCAUUAUCCUUAUUUAUUUUUCUGGGCUAAUGGGAUCUCUCCUGGUUCGUCUCGCUGUGGCCAGCACAGCAUUGCUCUUACUCGUAGUCAGGGCUGUUAAUCCUCAGCAGUGCCCUAAUUCUGCCGAAAGGGAGGGCGCAGCCGCUGGACUCCGGCAGCCAUACAAGCUCCCGGCUUUCCGGGAAGAACGCGGCCUUUUAUCGCAGGCCGGCUUGCUGGGUGUGAGCUUCCAAGGCUUUUGUCUCUGUGAGGUUGCCACAGCGAGUGGCUCCAAGGGAAUGGAUGCUUCUUGUUGAGGAACAAGGCCAGUCAUUUCCAUGCAAUGCUGACCUGACUCUUCCCAGGGAUUUAUGUGCUCUGUCGGGCUGGGAGGGAGCCUGGAGAGGAGCUGUGGAGCGUGGCAAGGGACGAGCUGCCUGCCAUUGGAAAGCGGGCUCCUUGGUGACUUGGCCCAGGGCCCAAUCACUCCAUUUCUUAGCGGCUUUCUGUUUGGGAAAAAGCUUUGGGUUCCCAGGGAGGAGGUGCCCGGCAGGGUCUGUGCCGAGGGGCUCCGAGGGGAGGCGGGGGAGCUUAGUGCACUCGUCCCGGUUUUGUACAAGUGUUGGCUGCAUCCCAGUUACCUUGAGGACUUUUCUCCUGGCUUUAAGCCGCAUUAAGAUGCAACGAGUGGCCCUUGCACUGGAGAGCACCAGUGCGUGUGCCUCCCACCAUCCCCGCAACCAUCAGUGCCAAAGAAAACACACCCCUUUAUGUCCCCGACACGGCUGUGCCUGUUGGCCGGGCUCCUGCAGCCGUGUGCUGGCAGCGGGCGAUGCCCCAGGCAGACCAAGGUUGCCGACUCCGAGGUUGGGUGCUGCCCCAUCGUCCCCAGCCUGUUGCCUCUGUUGCGAUAUGUGCUGAGGUUGUGCCACGCUGGUCCGUGAUGCGCAGAGUUUCCUCCCUUUGAAACAAACCCCACAUGUAGCUUUCCCCAUCCGUGUGGUCCCUCAUCCAGCCCCGGAUCUCCCACAGCUCCCCAGGCAGGAGCACGAGGCCAUGGAAUGGUGGCUCUGUCUGUGCCAGAUCUUCUCUUCUCCUGCUUGGAGCCAGAGACCAGCGCUCUGCCGCAGUCCUGGGGUGCUGUCCUUGCCCGCUCCCUGUGUGCAGCCAAAAGCCGCUCGCUCGGCUCAGACAACGGUUCAUUUUUGGCUGGAGUGGCGCAUUUCAAGCCAUCUGGGGCUUCCUAUCUUUAUCGUUGCUCCCCUUGCUCCCACUGUCCAAACCUCUCUGAAUACCACAGCACUGGCUUCCCGUCAGGUUGCCCGUGCCAAGGCUGCAUUUCAGAGCCACCCUGAGUAAAUCCCAAGUAUCCAUGCUCCUCAGGUGGCCGUAAUUCCCCAUGUGAAGCCAGGACGUUGUCAACAGCAGUGACAAAGAGUGCUCGAGCUCAGACAAGUUCUCCCCGGCACCUUGUCCAGGCAAAUACUAUCAAGCAAUUGAGCCAUACAGUGACUGCUGGAUGGGGGUGACUGGGGAUUUGCCAAAGGAAAUGUCAAGGAUGAAAUGUCUUUGUAGUCCAGAACAAAAGGUUUAGCAAACUGUGAGAAUUUAGGAGUCUAUUCCCCUGGCUUGGCUGUCUUCUUAAACCUUUCGAAAGAAGUUGUUGUAGCUACCCCGUUGGCAAGAGGAGCCGCAGCCUCAGUGCUCUUGCUCUGCGGUGUUUGAGGCAGCAGGAGUGGCAUCUGGAGAUGUCAAACACCCAAGGAAAGCGUUGGGAGAGGAAGGCACCAUAGCCAUAGUUGCCAUCCAGAGACAGCAUGGCUGCAACAGCUGCCGUCAGCCCCAGUGAAUACCUGCAGCCGGCUGCUUCCACUGCCCAAGACUCCCAGCCGUCUCCUCUCGCCCUCCUUGCAGCGACAUGUAGCAAAAUCGGUCCCCCUGCCGUAGAAGCUGCCGUGACUCCUCCUGCUCCUCCUCAACCAACACCUCGCAAACUCGUCCCCAUCAAACCUGCCCCGCUCCCUCUGGGCUCCAGUAAGAACAGCUUUGGGAUCCUGUCGUCGAAAGGGAACCUCUUCCACAUCCAGGGCUCUCAGGUCGGCACCUCGUACCCUGGUGGGCAGCUGGUUUUUGCCAUUCAGAACCCAACUGUCAUCAACAAGGGCGCCCGCUCCUCCGGCAACAUCCAGUACCAAGCCGUGUCUCAGAUCCAGGCCGUGGGUGGACAGACCAUCCAGGUCCAGCCCAACCUCACCAACCAGAUCCAGAUUAUUCCAGGCACGAACCAAGCGAUCCUCACCCCUUCCUCUUCCUCUCACAAGCCCGUGCCCAUCAAACCAGCGCCGGCACAGAAGGGUGGAGCUUCACCAGUGCAGGGCACGAGCAACGUUGUCAAGUUGGCCAGCGGCAGCAACGUAACUCUCACCCUGCCCGUGAACAGCCUGGUGAACACCACGGAGCCGAGCACACAGGCUCAGAUCCUUGCUGAGAGUCCCUCAAAGGCCAGCAAAAAGACUCGGAGGAAAGCCAUGUCACCCACCCAGCCGGCCGCUGUGGCCGUGACCGAGCAGGUGGAGACGGUCUUAAUAGAGACCACAGCAGAGAACAUCAUCCAGGCGGGCAGCAACCUGCUUAUCGUGCAGAGCCCGGGCUCUGGCCAGCCGGCCGUGGUGCAGCAGGUACAGGUGGUGCAGCCCAAGCAGGAGCCACAGGUGGUGCAGAUCCCCCAGCAGGCCCUGCGUGUGGUCCAGGCCGCCUCCGCCACACUCCCCACCGUCCCCCAAAAGUCAUCCCAGAACUUUCAGAUCCAGGCGACGGAACCCACUCCUACCCAGGUCUACUUCAAAACACCGUCAGGUGAGCUGCAGACAGUGCUGCUCCAGGAAGCCUCAACCAUGACGGUGGCUCCGUCUGGGACCUCUUGCAGCAGCCCAUUGUCCCGCAGCUCCACCACGGGAAGCAGCAACAAGAAACCAGCCACACGCAAGGAACGCCCUCUGCCAAAGAUCGCUCCCGCUGGAGGCAUCAUCAGCUUGAACGCAGCUCAGCUGGCGGCCGCGGCACAGGCCAUGCAGACCAUCAACAUCAACGGCGUCCAAGUCCAGGGUGUGCCAGUCACCAUCACCAACACUGGAGGCCAGCAGCAGCUGACUGUGCAGAACGUGUCCGGCAACAACGUGACGAUCAGCGGCCUGAGCCCGACCCAGAUCCAGCUCCAGAUGGAGCAGGCGUUGUCCGGAGAGAUGCAGCCGGGGGAAAAGAGGCGGCGCAUGGCCUGUACCUGCCCCAACUGCAAGGACGGAGAGAAGAGGCUGGGAGACCCGGGGAAGAAGAAGCACAUCUGCCACAUCCCAGAUUGUGGGAGAACCUUCCGGAAGACCUCGCUGCUGCGCGCUCACGUGCGCUUACACACAGGCGAGCGGCCUUUUGUCUGCAACUGGGUCUUCUGCGGGAAGCGCUUCACACGCAGUGACGAGCUGCAGCGGCACGCUCGCACGCAUACAGGCGACAAGCGCUUCGAGUGUGCGCAGUGCCAGAAACGCUUCAUGCGCAGCGACCACCUGACAAAGCACUAUAAAACCCACCUGGUCACCAAGAACUUGUAGGGCCGGAGGCUGCUCCGUGCCUCCCACUCAGCACAGACGGACAGACCCUGCAAGGGCCCGCGACGCCACAGCUCUCCCACGUUCCCAGCGCAGUGAGGAGCCCUUGGGACGCAGCACUUAUCGAGGGGCUGAGCCGCCUUGCGGAUCCCCCAGGCCCGUGGGGUGGCCCGGAGCCCAGAGUGACGUCUGACGGCCACGCAGGAGCCAGGCAAGGAGGGAAUGGGCCAGGAAAGGCUCCACAGCACAUUCCUACUUUAUAUUUAAAGUCUAUAAAUAGCUAUAAAUAUCUCUAUUCCCUUUGGAAGGUCCCUUUUUUCUAUGGAGAUCGUUGCCUUACGCUCCCAUUCCCACUCCCCGUGUGUCGAUCGCGAGUGCUUUUCCAUCUUUAUUUAAUUCUCCUUGCCCCUUUUCUCUCCUCUAACGUUUCUUUGCCAACACCAAACAGGUUUAUUUUCUCUCCUCUGAUUUCUUUCUCCCCACUUUUCUGUUUCCAAGUGACGUGGCGGCGUUCCCUUUGGAAUUUCAGCCCCUUUUCCCGCCGUGUGCCACCCCUUGUGUACAGUGUACAUUGUAUCAUAGAUUAUAUUGCUUUUGUGUUUACUACAUGUUUAAAAAAAUACAUAUGGCUUGUUAUUUUUGAGCUUUUAAAUUAAACAAAUCCACUUUAUUUUUAGUUGUAACUGCCCAAGGUUUUUUUCUGCGUUACCAGACGCAUCUGUUCAACUUUAUUGACUGUAACUGGUUGGAGGCAGCCGGGAGCUUUCCUUGCUAAAUAAAUUUAGUCGCCAGAGGUCAAUGCGGCGCCACCGAGGGUCCUUUCUCUCCCACGCCGUGCGAGUGCAGCGCUGCAAGAAGGGCAGAAAGGUUUGUUUACAGGAAUCCCAAACAUCACUGGGAAUGGACGUUAUCGGCAGGAGAACAGUCCUGGCUGUGGAGCUGUCCUUGUACCCCGCUCUCCCUGUCACUUGUCCCCAAAUCUCUGCCCCCACAAUGUCCCUACAUCCUUGCCCGCACAUCUCCCAGCCCUUGUCACCAUCCUCCAGACUCACAUAUCCCAUCCCCACCUUCCCUGUCCCAUGUCCCUAAGUCCC